AUGCCGGAUCCGCCCUGCGCCGAUGCGCCCCCGCCCGAGGACCUAUUAGGUGGUAAUGGCACGAGUGAUUCAUCACUCAACACGCAAACGCGUGAAGCGGUCACUGGAGGAACCGCGAAUCCUCCAGCUUGGUCGCCCGAGGCAACUCAGGUCCGGUUGGACCAUGAGAAGCUGAUGAAGAAGACCUUCCAAGUGCUCGGGAUUGUUCCCUCCAGCAAGUCGACCCGCUGA